AAAUUUUGACUUAUGUCAGGUAUGUGGAAUGUAAAAUAGAAUGUGCGACGUGUAAUUUCAGCUUUUAUGAAUAAAAUGCAGGUUUGAAUCGGAAAAUGAAAACUGAAAUCAUUAAAAAAAUAACUUAUUUAAUCGACCUUUUGUUUAGCUGAUAAGUUAUUUACAAAAACUGAAACAAAUAAUUUUUAAGUGAUUGUUUAUCUCAAGAUUAUCCGACUUAUUAUUUCUUUUUUUUUAAAUAACAAAAUCUGUGAUAAUUAUUGAAGAAUACGUGUGAUGUGUAGAACUGAAUAAAUUGAUAAAAAUGUUAUACGGAAAAUUAAGAAUCCACACUUGCAGAGUUAUCCUUUUAACCUCCCUAGCAUGGUUCUUGAUUGAUGUUGUGGUACUCUCUUUUUAUUCAGAUUGCAUAGGUGGUAGCUGCAAGAAAGUAGAUAACAUACAAGCGGAACCAUUAGUGGAAGAUGAAAUUUUUAAUGAUAGAGUACAAGAAGAUACAUUAAAUGAACCUAACAAUGGUAUAAAUGGUGUUUCUAAAACUUAUGCACCUAAGACUUUGAGGCGAUGGAGACCUGCUCCUGUAGUACCCCCAGUGUCAGGAAAAGUUGGGGAAAUGGGAAAGCCAGUUCACAUUCCCCCUGAACAAGAAGCACUAAUGAAAGAAAAAUUUAAAUUGAAUCAGUUUAAUUUGUUAGCUAGUGAUAUGAUAUCCUUAAAUCGAUCCUUGGUAGAUGUUAGAUUGGAAGGAUGUAAAACUAAAAAAUAUCCUACACUACUUCCUUCGACAUCUAUAGUGAUAGUUUUUCACAACGAAGCAUGGUCUACACUCCUAAGAACUGUUUGGAGUGCAAUUAACAGAUCUCCUAGACCUCUUCUAAAGGAAAUCAUUUUAGUUGAUGAUGCUAGCGAAGGAGCGCACUUAGGUAGAAAGCUAGAAGAAUAUGUGGCGAAGCUUCCUGUACCUGUACAUGUAUUUCGUACAGAAAAAAGAUCUGGUUUGAUAAGGGCGCGUCUUUUGGGUGCCAAACACGUCAAAGGACAGGUGAUUACAUUUUUGGACGCCCAUUGCGAAUGUACGGAAGGGUGGUUGGAACCUCUUUUAGCUAGAAUAGUAGAAGAUCGGAAAACUGUUGUUUGUCCGAUUAUUGAUGUUAUUUCAGACGAAACUUUCGAAUAUAUAACAGCUUCGGAUAUGACAUGGGGUGGAUUCAAUUGGAAAUUGAAUUUUAGGUGGUAUAGAGUACCGCAAAGAGAGAUGGAUAGGAGAGGUGGUGACAGAACGUCUCCAUUAAGAACACCUACAAUGGCAGGGGGAUUAUUUUCUAUCGAUAAGGACUAUUUUUAUGAAUUGGGGGCUUACGAUGAAGGAAUGGAUAUUUGGGGAGGUGAAAACUUGGAAAUGAGCUUUAGGGUAUGGCAAUGCGGAGGCAUCUUGGAAAUAAUCCCUUGUUCUCAUGUGGGACACGUGUUCAGAGACAAGUCCCCCUAUACUUUCCCCGGUGGAGUAUCAAAAAUAGUUCUCCAUAACGCCGCUAGAGUGGCCGAUGUUUGGAUGGACGAAUGGCGAGAUUUCUAUUAUAUUAUGAAUCCAGGUGCGAAGAAUGUUCCGGUUGGUGAUAUAACAGCCAGAAAGGAAUUGAGAGAAAAGUUGCAAUGCAAAAGCUUCAGGUGGUACUUGGAAAAUGUGUAUCCCGAAUCUCAGAUGCCUUUGGACUAUUACUAUCUCGGAGAUAUUCGUAACGUAGCAAAUAGAAAUUGUCUUGAUACUAUGGGAAGAAAAUCAGGCGAAAACCUUGGAAUGACCUUUUGUCAUAAUUUGGGUGGUAAUCAAGUUUUCGCUUACACGAAACGACAACAAAUAAUGUCGGAUGACAACUGUUUGGACGCCAGCUCAAGAACUGGUCCUGUUAAAUUAGUUAGGUGCCAUGGAAUGGGUGGAAACCAAGCAUGGUCCUAUGAUGAAAUUGAUAAAACUAUCAAACAUGUCAAUACAGGAAGUUGCCUUACACAACCGGACACGAGUGACGUUAACCUACCUCUUCUAAAAGCUUGCGAUUUCAGUCCCGGUCAACAAUGGAUAAUGAACAGCGAUUUCAAAUGGCAAGCUAAAAAUCACGUAGAAGAAAGUUAGGAUAUGCAAAGUCUAUAUCGAUAUCAACAAAUAAAACUUGUGAUAUUCUUGUUAGUAAUGUUCCCAUUAGUCGUGGAACGAAUAACCAGGAAAAAUUGCAAUAAGCAAUUAACUUAAUUAAUUGUUGUUUUGGACACGUUAAAUACCUUUUCGGGAUCAAUUCAUAUUUUUGUACAAAAGUUUUCUGAUACAUUCAUUUCGAUAAAACGAAAAACUUGGUAUAUCAUUGUUUUUAUCCCGAAAAAUUAUUUAGUUUGUGCCAUUCGAAUUGUAUUUCAUAUUUAUUACGUACAUUUGUUAUUUUAAAAUGUUCCAGAGGAAAUUGACCGAAUUUAAAACAAUAUAUAUUUUUUUUACAAUUAAUUUUCUAUUUAUUAGUUUAUUUAUAAAAUUUUAUUCAUUCCUUUAGUUUUUUUAUAGCGAUUAGCAUACCUUCCUGAUAAUAAGACUUUUUAGGUUGUUAGUGGGGAAAAUUUGAAAUGACUGCCAUUUGUAAAUAUAGAAUUUUUAAUAUGAAAACAUAAAAUCAUCUUAAUCUGUAACACGGAUUUGAUAUAUUACAUUUAGUUGACUGACUUGGAUUGUAGUAACUGGAUCUUGAAUAAAAAGCAUAUCAUUAUAUCGAGAGGUAUAUACAAAUGAUAAAAACUCGACUAACCUCAAUCCAAGACAUGCAAAUUAUCUUCUUCUCUCUGAACACUUUGUUACGUCUCUUUAAACAUCAGAAUAUCCAUUUUUAACAUACAUUCCUUUAUCGGAUUAUUUUAUCCUUCCUUCCUUCCUCUUUCUUAUCCUAACCAAGCUCCCCCAGAGGUUUUCCUUUCCUUCUCUUCUUAUAUCUUUUCUUUCCGUAACAUCUUCCAACUAUUUUGUUUCCUAUUGGUCUCAUUUCUUAUAGUGUCCUCCCUAGUUUAUUUCUUUCAUCCCGAAUAUUGUUUUAUCAGUAAUAAUUAAAUAAUUUUUAUUUUUUAUUACGAAUAAUUAUUAAAAAUAUGAUUUUUUCAAAAUAUACAAGGUGUAAAAGAUCUUUGCCUACACCUAUUGCACAAUUCCCAAACCGAUUCAAGUAUUCACUUAUUUUGGUCACUAUGUAAUUUGGUAUGGUCAAUUAGUAUUAUUGGACGAAUGUUUUGGAGGUAUUUUCAAGAAAAAAACUUCUGCCAGAAACUAUUUUAAAAUUAUUUUGUAUCUACUAGUGACAACAUCACAAAUAUUUUAAUUUCUAUAAUACUUGUAUGUGUUUCACUAGCUUCUGAGGAUAAUAUUUUUUUGAAAUUUUCUCAAAUCGUUCUUCUGAUAAUAAUAACCGACCAAGUUAAAAUUUAUUGAAAUUGGAUGAACCGUUUUGAAUUUAUAAUGAAAAACAAUUUAAAACUUUUAAUAUAUAUACUAAAAAUACUUUGGAAAUAAGUUUACUUACAUCUGUUUAGGUGAAACACAUUGUAUAUAAAAUUUCUGAAUUAGAAUCACGUGGAAAACUUUUUUUUUAUUAUUGGUUAGGUCCAAAAUUUGGAAUACAACUAUCAGGUAUCAAUUUUUGUAAACCAUAUACGAGGUUUGUAUAAAAAUACUAAUUUUAUUCAUGAGCACAUUCCUUAUUAAUUAUUCUGACUUUAUAUAAUUUAAAUUCAUCUAGGAUGUACUAACAUGAAGUAUUUUACACCAAUAGUAUUUCAAGUUGUGGGCAAAGUUAAACUUUUUAAUAAGGAUAAAAUAUGAAAAAAGUUUCCAUACAACAUUUAGUCUCUAUUUUUCUUACUAGUUUGUACACGCUUUUGUAUUUGUCGUUAACAAUUUAUAAGUUUAAAAAAAUGCAGAAUAUUUGAAAAAUUAUUAUUUAAUCGAAUAACAUUUACCCAAACAGUACAGAACCUAAUUGUACUAAAUGAUAAUUCAUAUGAGUCAAUUCUAAUUUAUGUAUGUCUCGUUUUUAUAAAACAGAAACUUCCAAUUGUUUUUUUUAUAAAGAUUUUUUUACCUUUUGACUCAUCCAAGAGUGAUCAAACCAUUAGGCAACAGUUUCUGAUUUCAAGGUUAUGUUUUUGACCUCACUGCAUGCUCUAAUUGUUUUAUUAACUUUCAGUUCACACUUUUUACUGUUUUUUCAAACUCACAAGCCUAUAUUGUAAGUUUGUAUUUUUAAAACGUUAUGAAUCGUUGAAUUUGUUUUAGAAAAAUAGAUUUUUUGAAUUAUUUAAAAAUACAAAGUGAGUGAAACCAUUAGGUUAUGCAGUGUUUUUAUUAACAUAACCUAGAAAUUUUUCACCAUUGUGUAAGAUUUAUCAUAGAGUAAAAUGAAUCUGUCAUUAUGACCGAAAGGUUGUGUCCUAGGCUAGUGCCGGAGUGCAAGAAAGUUCUACAAAAACUGUUGUUGAUGACUGAAAGAAUCAGCUCAACUCACUCGACAAAUAAGGUUUGGCAAACCCACCAAUGUGCCCAGAACUCAUUUCUGGUGUAGCAAAAAGUCUCUUUAACAAUCUGCAGACCACGUCAUCUGUUAGUGCCCAGCACUUACAUGAACGCUUGGACAACCUCAUGACAUCAAAAGGUUCAAGUCAAAGCGCCUGAUCGGAUUUUGGUAAUAUAAAAGGGUCUAUCAUAUAACGGCCAUUGGUCACCUACUAUAAAUAGUGAAGGUUUUUUUAGGUUGAACAAAAGAAACAUAAAAGCAAACCAGUUUGGGAAAAAUAUGAACUGAAUAUUGACAAUAAUGAUCCUGAGGAAUAUUAUGGCUGUUGAUAGGUUACAAUCUACAACAUUAAUAAGAUUUUAUUUAAAAUAAAAGGAAAAGUCUAUUCGACAAAAUUUUUGUUGUGGCUUAAUAUAAAAAUAAUAUGAAAGUGUGUGACAUUCUGUAAAUUCUUUUUUUUUUAUUAAAAAUAAUGAAAGUUUUUGAUAAAUCGAUGUGAACGGUAUAAAAAAAGUACUAAAUCAAUUUUCGUAUCCCAAAUUUGGUCUAAUUUCAAAAUUUACCUUAUUUUUUAAAAAAAUGUGCUAUUACACAAACUGUAGAUUAUCUAAAUAUGUAAAUAAAAUAUCUUAAGAUAUUUUUUAUUCUCAAUAUUGUAUAUAUAACUAAUUAUUAUACAUAUAUGUACCUUGAAGGUAACUUUUAAUAUACAGGGUAUAACAAUAUGGUGUUGAAUCAACAUGUACAUCGAAAACUAUAGGUUCAUAAUUUAUUUUGAAUUUCUGAAGAAUCUACUGUUGAUUUUAAUAUAAUUUCCUAGAGAUGAUAUUUCUAUUCCAACUUUUUUGAAAACCAAAAAUGAUCUGAAAAAAAUAUCUGAAGCUUACUAAAUAUCUGUAAAUUUGUCAAAAAAGUACUAAUUUAACGAUUUUUGAAAAAAAAUUGAAUUUCUUUGUGGUUAUUCGAAGUAUCGGUGGACUUUUCUGGGGAAAACUAUUCCUAUAGAAGUUCACAUUUAAGAAUAAUUAUAAGGGAAGCUUUUGUUGUGGUACAAAACCUAUCCGGAUAACACAGAGGGAAAGUUUCGCAGACACUUUCUAUUAAUGAUAAAUUUUCCAAAUAAGAUCAAAUUUUUUUAUGAAAACUUCAGUCUUUACGUCUGAUCUAUUAAUCCCAAUCAACAAAAUCUGCACGCCACAUUAUUUGCUAAGUCUAGCGUCUUAAAGUGUCCAUUGAGGACCUGAUAGAACUCCUGUUAGUAUUCGUAAGAUGUUCUGAUACAUUCAAUAGAUCCCAGGAGAGUCUUUGCCUGCCUCCAUGCCUUGGUUUUACCUCCAUGUAUCUUCUUUCCCAUUUAUUUUCCUGUAGCUGAUACAACAGAAGGAGUCAGCAAGCAUGUCAGCUAUUUCAUUCCGUUGUGUGUACCGGAAUCCAUUGCAGAGUAAAUUUAUUCUUGUAUCUCGUUUAAUUGUAACCAAACAUUGAACAUUUUCCAUAGAUUCAGAUAGUUUCAGAGACAAAUAUUGAUAAUUUUUGGCACUUAUUUCCAAAAAAUGUUCAAUACUUUGAAUGUUUUUGAUAGAAAUAUUAAAAUUCAUAGAUUCCGAUAUACAUAUCGACUCAUUUUGAUAUACCCUGUACACUUUCAUAACUAUUGCAAACAAGGAAUAGUGAAAUUCCAAAUAAAUUAAUGAUAACUUUGGAUUAGGGUGUCAAUAUAGUAAAUGGAUCUUCAAACUAACUAAGAUACAUUUUUUAGAAUCAAAAAUUGAAAAAUGAAAAAUUGGGUUGGAAAAUUUCUCUAUUUUCCUUAUUAUAUUGCAAUAAAAAGUUUACGGUACAUUUAUUUAAGCAAUACUAUAAGGUCUAAGGUACAGAUAUGUUAUACAAUUAACUACAUACUUAAAUAUAUGUUAAUUUAGUACAGGGUGAAUUAUAUAUGUUGACUAUAUCGGUAUAAUAUUAUUAUGUUUCAUUAUUUAAUCAAUAUUAUUUUUGUACUUGAAAAACUAUGUCACCCUGUAUUUAACUAAAACAAAUAACUUCAAUCAAUUUUGAAUUUAUUAGAAAUGAAACAAUGACAGUUAGUUGAUCAUUUUCCUUUCAUCAGAGCAGCAAAAAAUGUACAAAUCCUGUUUUGUAUUAACAUCAAUAUUAUAUUUUUCGGUAUCCCUGUAUGAUAUUGGAGGUCAAUGUUUUAAUACAAAAGAAGAUUUAAGAAAUAAAGUCAAACAUGUUUUGAUUUUAUUUCGAUAUUUUUCUGUUCCCGAAAUGACUUUAAUUAGCUGUCAUAUCUUAUGAUUUCACUACUUCAACUAGAAAGAUUAGACAAAACUAACUAGUAUGUAUAUAAAAAUUAGUAUUCAUUUGAAUAUUUUUAUAUAUAAAUAUAUAUCUGGUACUGCUGGUGAUAUUCAUACUGAAAACACUAACGAUUACUUUAUCUGGUCCUUCGAGCCGGAUAAAAAACAACCUAUAGAAAGCUCCACGAGAUAAAACAAUGUAAUUGUGAGUGUUGUAGUGGUAGUAAACAGUUUUAAAUACUUAUUUAAAAAAAAACAUCCAAAUUUUCCAUUAUUUCUAAUUUUAGUGUGAGCAAUUUAUUUUUUAUUAAUAAAAUCUGUAAAUAUUUGUAUAUUAAUAGAGGAAUAUAUUAACAACGUAUACGUUACAGGGUACUAUUGAAAAAAAAAAUGUAAAUUAAAAAUGUCUAAUCUAUUUAGUUAAAUUCCAACGUUUUUAUUAUUUUUAUUUAUUACAUAUAAUAAAAAUAUUAUCAAAUAGUAUCAAUUGAUAAACUAAUUCAAGUUUUUUUUUGUAGAAUAAUAAACUACAAAGUUAAAAAUUAUCCAAAAGGGAGAAAAAAUUAUAGAAGAUAAAGGUGAAGAGAAAUAAGAGGGAAAGGAAUAUUGAAAUAAAUAACAUAUCACUACAGAAGCACCGGAAUCGAAAUAGAUACAAAAUAGGUUUAAAAAACAGCUAUGAAGAUGAAAAUAACAGAAAAUGUUUUAAAUAGUAAAAAAGAAA